AUGAUUCUCCCCGCCUGUACAGCAACCCCAAUUCAACUUCCCAAACAACACCCACUCACCACUACUUCACACCCAUCUCAGUCCACCUCUCCUAAUCCAAAACACGACAAGAAACACUCCGUUUCGCUGAGAAAUAGGAAUGAAAGUAUAGACCAAACUGUGUUGUGGACCUCUUCUAUAUCCCAACGCUGCCGAAGUGGUCAGCUAUCUCAAGCUGUUUCACAGUUCAUCCAAAUGAGACAAGCCGGGGUUGAACCAAACCACAUCACAUUCGUUACACUCUUCUCCGGCUGUGCUCACUUUCCAGCUAAAGCACCAUUGUUUGGGCCCUCGCUUCAUGCUUAUGCGUCUAAACUGGGCUUAGACAGGACUAAUGUGAUGGUGGGGACGGCACUAGUUGAUAUGUAUGCAAAGUCUGGUCGGGUGGAGCUUGCUAGAUUGGUUUUUAGUGGGAUGGAGGUGAAGAAUUCAAUGUCUUGGAAUACUAUGAUUGAUGGGUACAUGAGAAAUGGAAAUGUGAGGGAUGCAGUUGAGGUGUUUGAUGAAAUGCCCGAGAGACGUGGACCGCUUUGA